CAUGGAUCAGCUGACGAUUGCUGGCUCGACCAUUCUGCAGGCCCUUGAGCAUCACCAUUCCUUGUCAUCACAUAAAUCUGUAUUCAAUCUCUCAAAAGACAUUCAUCGAUCGUACUGAGCUGCCUCGUGAUCUUCUUGAUCAUAUCCUUUUCAUCACUGUUUUCUUCCUCGCAUUAGCUUGUAUUGCUCGAGAGGCAGUGGUCAUCUUUAUCUCUUCCGACGUUCCACAUCUGACCUACGACGAUGGGCGGAGAUAACAAGCCAAACUCGCAAAGAGCUGGGACUGACUAUCCACAGUUGGCAACUCGACCGAAAGGGAAACAGAUUUCCGAUAUCUAUCGCAACCGCCUCGGACAGUUCGUUGACAAUGGUCAAUAUAAAGAACAAGGCCUUUUGGCCAAACUCGACGACGAGCGGGUCUCUGGCGAGCCGCAUGUGAAGAUUUCCGUCUGGAGUGCACCAGAGCUAACUCGACCAACCUUUCAAGAAGCCACCAAGCAAGGAAAUAAGUAUCGAGCAACUUCCAAAGGCGCUUCGUUCGGACCAAGUUGGAGUACGCACUGGUUCAAAGUCUUGUUCACAAUUCCCUCAAGCUGGUCGUCGAAGCCACUGAUAGAGCUGCACUGGGAUGCCAACAACGAAGGAAUGGUGUGGACCUCUGAUGGCAAGCCAUUGCAAGGUUUAACUGGUGGUGGGGAACGGGUAGAGUGGAUCAUCCCAAAGGAAUUCCGAAAAUAUGGUGAGACGCAGACCAUAUAUAUCGAGAUGGCAUGCAAUGGCAUGUUCGGAAAUGCUCCAGGUGGCGACUCAAUCCAGCCACCAUCGCCGGACAAAUACUUUCAGUUGUCGGAGGCCGAUCUCGUCAGCGUGAACGAGGACGCCCGAGCACUUCGCUACGACUUCUGGAUUAUAGGCGAUGCUGCACGGGAAUUCCCAACCGAUGGCUGGGAGCAACACAGGGCAUUACAAAUCUGUAACGAAAUCAUGGAUUGCUUCAUUGCUGGGGAUGGCUCAAACGCAAGCAUCAAAGAGUGCAGAAAAAUUGCCAAAGGCUACCUGGGAAGUGACGUCGAUAGUGCGAAGGUAUACGAUAACGACAAGCCGGCACUGGUCAACGGUAUUGGUCAUUGUCACAUCGAUACCUGCUGGUUAUGGCCGUGGGCGGAGACUAGACGCAAGGUCGCUCGGAGCUGGUCCACCCAGUGCAAUCUGCUGGACAGAUAUCCAGAGCAUCGAUUCUGCGCUUCACAGGCUCAACAGUACAAAUGGCUCGAAGAGCUUUAUCCCUAUGCCUUUGAUCGCGUCAAGUCACAUGUCAAGGAUGGCAGAUUCCAGCCUAUUGGAGGAAGUUGGGUAGAACAUGACACCAAUAUGCCAUCUGGCGAAUCUCUUGUCAGGCAAUUUCUCUAUGGUCAGCGCUACUUCGAAUCUCGCUUCGGCGAGAGAUGUCGGACAUUCUGGCUGCCAGACACCUUUGGCUAUUCUUCACAGCUUCCACAAAUCUGCAGGUUGGCAGGCAUGAACCGCUUCUUCACCCAAAAGUUGAGCUGGAACAACAUCAACAAUUUCCCCCAUACCACAUUCAAUUGGGUGUCGCUCGAUGGCAGUCAGGUCAUUUGUCAUAUGGCUCCUUCCGAAACAUACACGGCUGAGGCUCAUUUUGGAGAUGUGAAGAGAUCUGUGACACAGCAUAAGAGUAUGGAUCAGGACGCGACAUCACUCCUUGUGUUUGGCAAGGGUGAUGGUGGAGGAGGGCCGACGUGGGGUCAUAUUGAGAAGCUCCGAAGAUGCCGCGGUAUCAGCGACAAGAUUGGGCUACUGCCGCGCGUCAGCAUGGGUGGUAGUGUCGAGGACUUCUUCGAUCGUCUGGAGGAGCGCGCUGCCACCGGCAAGACGGAGUUUGUGACCUGGUACGGUGAGCUUUAUUUCGAGCUCCACCGAGGUACUUAUACCACGCAGGCCAACAACAAGCGGAACAAUCGCAAAUCUGAAGUGCUCCUUUACGACAUCGAGUAUCUCGCGACUUUGGCCUCCAUCGAGGGCAAAUCGAGUUACACGUACCCCAAGAAGGAGAUUGAUUUCAUGUGGGAGAGCGUGCUGCUUUGCCAAUUUCAUGACUGCCUGCCCGGUUCCAGCAUUGAGAUGUGCUAUGAUGAUUCGGACGAGCUCUACGCCAAGGUCUUCGAGACAGGCGGCAAGGUACUGAAAGAUGCCUUGCACGCGCUCGGAUUCACAGAUGAUGAUACUACCACCCCAAUUGCCUUGAAUACCUUGGGCUGGCAACGGGAUGAGCUACCCACUUACAUCGAUAGCACAGGAUCGGUGAGCUUCGCGAAUCACACCGUCGGACAGCCAGCGGAUGCACGCCAGAUCAGUGUCACUCGUGAUCAAGUCCGCGUUGCAGAGCAAGAAAAUGGCGUGUUUGUGCUUGACAACGCAAAGCUUACAGUCAAAGUGGUUGACGGAGCGAUUGUUUCGCUAUUCGACAAGAAGGCUGGACGCGAAAGUGUGCCAAAGGGAAAGAAGUCAAAUCAGUUCGUCAUAUUUGACGAUAAGCCACUGUACUGGCAGGCCUGGGACGUUGAGGUGUUUCAUCUUGAGUCUCGCAAAGAGCUACAGGCCUCAUCAAAGACGACCAUCACAUCCGAUUCGUCGUUCCAUGCCGCAGUGACAACAACUACCAAAAUCUCGGACAAAUCCUGGAUCAAAUCGAGCAUUUCGCUCAGCAAGGAUAGCUCGUAUGUCGAAGUUCAAGCCGAGGUAGAAUGGCACGAGACGAUGAAAUUCCUCAAGGUUGAGUUCCCGACCAACAUCGUGAACACCGAGGCCUCGUACGAGACCCAGUAUGGCAUUGUACGUCGACCCACCCACUACAAUACUUCCUGGGAUAUGGCCAAAUUUGAAGUGUGCUGCCACAAGUGGGCCGACCUAUCGGAAAAUGGAUACGGCGUCAGUGUGCUUAACGAAAGCAAAUAUGGGUUCGCCACGUGCGGUAGCCUGAUGCGUCUGUCUCUACUUCGUGCGCCCAAGGCCCCGGAUGCGCACGCCGACAUGGGUCGACACAACAUACGCUGGGCCAUUCUGCCGCAUGAAGGAGCUCUGUCCUCGACGACGGUGCGCGCGGGCUACAAUUUCAAUCACCCGAUGACCGUUCACCAUCACCCAACACCAGGAGUCUUAACAAACCUCAUGGCCGCCUUCAAGCUACUGGAGACGAGCAAUCCUAGUCUAGUAGUGGAUUGCAUCAAGCGUGCCGAGGACGAUGCCGACGCCAGCAAUGGAUGGCUUCCUGCCAGGGCGAAUGCGAAAUCCGCCGAUCGCCACGUCAUCUUGCGGACGUACGAUAGUUUAGGUGGCACGAGUCGUGGCACGAUCGGGUUCGGACCCGUCAAGGUCGCGAAGGCUUGGAAAUGCAACGUCCUGGAAGACGAUUUGGAAGAGUUGAAGCUUGGCAAGGACGGGUUGGACAUCGAACUGCGCGCGUUUGAGAUCGCGACCUUCAAAUUACUGCUGGCCUGAUGUGGUUCGGAUGGAUCAUUGGUUGACGACGUGACGAGAAAGCACGGAAUUGCGUGUAUGGCUGUAUAUUUACCUUUUGCCAGAAUGAUGUAUGGAUGUUGUGAGUCUCGCAUAUGGACAUGUGGCCGCGGCUGAAGAACUGUGGCCCCUAUCGAGUGUACGCCUGUGAGCCAUGAAUUGACGCAAAUAGUGUUCUGCUGCGUCAAUCUAAUUGCAUCCUGAGGUA